CCAUCUAUAUCUCCGCCCAUCUCCACUACAAGCACCACCACAAUCACGAGAGAAAUAUUCACACGAGUAAAAACGACAUCAAAAUCAACGGCAUCUGCAGGAAUUAUAACUUCAACAUCGACGACGCGUUUUGUAAGCAAUGAAACAACUUUUAACCUCACAACCAUGUCUAUAAAAGAAGUCACAGAUCCAGACAAGGAAGAUUCUAUGUUCAUAAUAUACAUAUUGUCGGCUGCUGUGUUCAUGUUUUGUGUUAUUGUGGCGGUUGUUGCAUUCGUUGUUGGACGACAGAGAGGUAGACGAACAACCAAUCCGAGACAAGAUGUUAGAGACGUUUCUGAAAUUCACGAUUACAAUGAAUUAGUAGAUAUAGUUCGUGGCUACUCAAAUCCGUAUUCAGGGACAGCUGAUAACCAAUAUACAGCUUCAAAUAGCAACGAUAAUACAUCGUAUUUAACACCUUGUACAUUUACAAGACUGGAUAGUUCAAACGAAUAUGCCUAUAUUGAUUGAUGAAAAAGAAUCCCUGUAGUUUUUAAUGCAUAUAUUUGUUUUUAGAUAUUACUUUAGAAUUUUUGUUUUAUACAUGUCCUUGUUAACUAUCUAUAAUAUGUGUAUUUUAUUCA